AUGGCGCGCGCGCGAGAGAGAGAGAGAGAGAGAGAGAACAAGAGUCCGGGCUUUGAGGCAAAUAUGUGGGAAUCGGGUCGCGAGGUUGUAUUCCGCUUCAAAUGGGAUGGUGUCACCGAACCGAACGCGAAAGCGGUGGGGUGGACACAACAAGAGUCCCUGGGACAACCUGAACCUGAGCUGCAGAGUGUGGACGAAGAAUCUGAUAGAUAG